ACUUGCAACCGAUCAAAUACAGUACGAGUACUAGUACUGGUUUAAGGCUUUGCUCGUCACGUAUCGACCAUCACAAGUUAUAGCUAUCGUAACAUUUAUAUAUCCGAGUGUUGUGCCUGCUGUUUUUGUGUAUACAAAAUCCGAGUUUGAUUAAAUUUGAAUUUUUAGAUGAUUUGUGUAUUAGGCAGCACAUGUCACUGUUUGCUUUUAUAGACAUUUCGGAUAAGCUGCUGCAGCAGUUUUGUCUGCACCGGUUUUGAUUCCUUGUAACAUGGCUGGUUCGAGUUUUGAAUCGAUAGGCCGCUAUCUGGGCGAAAAUUUUGUCCAGAGUGCCUCCCAAAACGGUUUAACCUCGAGCACUAUGCUCGAAAUGCUUCACACACUUCCAGUUACGCUUUUGGGGUGCUACAAGCCUACACUAACAUGGAUCGGCUUAAGUCUAGUAUUCCGGUACCUCUCAUUUGAUGUACUGCUCUCCUUUGUCAAUGUGCCCAUAGCUUCCGCGGAAGGUCAGGACCUGAGCACCAUGCAACGGUCGAUUCUAAUGAUGACAGACAUCGCCGUCAUAUUGACCAUAAUAUUUAGACGGUAUGCGGCUUGGCAAUCUAAUCUUCCACAGCAACCGGAUCCCGAAGCUUCCUUCAGACAAAUCAAUCGCUUUUGGACCUGGUUUAUUGUGAUUGGUGGUGUUGACGCAGUAUGCAGCAUUGUUUAUGCUCUCAUCUUGAUUUUCAACCUGAGUUCAAUAAUAUUUUCCGCAACAAUGAGUCUGUGUACCAUACUGUAUUUUCGCGGGUUGAUCAGGGACUGGGAAGUGGCAUUAGUAGCGUUCUUCGCGUCGGCAAAUGCCGGCGUUGCCGUUGUGGUAUAUUGCUUGGCGCGGAAUUGUUUGUUGGAUUUAUUUAUGUGUUUCACUGUCGUCAGCACCUUAAAAGCUCACGAAGUUUUGCAGAAUGGCCAAAGGAUCGAAAUACCAUAUGCUGAUGAUCCCCCCUCUUAUUCGGAAAUCACGAUGACAGACCCUGUGCCUGAUUCGUAAUUUCGUAUUUAUGUACCAUUUAAUCGACCAUGGUUCAAAACUGCGUCACAUGAUUUUUGUUCCUGAUAAACCACAACUUGAUAAGGGGGCAAAAUAAUUAAAUUUGUUUUGGCAUAUAUUAACCAUUAAGGCAAGCGAAAAAUUUGUUUGUGUGUCAUUUGCAUAGGGAAAAUUUAUAUACGAAAAAUGUGUCUAUGUACUUCGCUAUCACAUUCACACUUUUCCUGAUGAUUUCCCUGUCUUAUUCCAAAAUCUGACCUGAAUCCUGAAAUUCUGAGCCGGAAUCUGACCGCCAAAGGAAGCGCAAUUCAAGUCGAUUACUUUGGAAUACAAACAUUAUAUACUGUUGUUUACAAUACUGCACUGCUUGUUACCUAUACGAAAACUAUUGCUGGUUAAUUCUGCCGAUCCGAGAUUGUUGCCCGUUCUAUUUCCCAGUAAUUUCUGUUCCAUGCUGGUGAUAUUUUCCAUAGCGAUUCAAAUCAAUGUCGGCAUCCAAAGGAUCAGUACUGCUAGGAUUCAGUAAUUGUAAUGAUUUAUGUAUAGAAGUAUAGACCCGAUGGAACAAUUGCAUUUGCUUCCAGUAACUGCGUCACAGGAA